GAGCUAAACUGUAGCCCACCGAUACCAGGUGGAUGAGCUCAACUGGAACCCACCUACGCCAGUCACGACCUAAAAUGGGAUCCCCUAACUCUGGCGAAGAAGUACAGCUUUAAACGCAACGCUGCCGCACUGCGGCGCCUGGGCAGAAGGCGGAGCCAGGGCUGAGGAUUUGUCGACAGCGGCAGCUGAAAAGGAUCAGAGGUGAACGGGAGUCCCGGAGGGAGGGGAGUUGCGGUCAUGGCAGUGGGUUUGAUGAGUAUUGUGGCGGGGUUGGUGACAAUGUUCAGUAGCUCCUGGACGGUGCUGCCCGUAGCUGCGGUCGUGGCCCUGGCCACUUGGAUCUGGUGGAGUCGAGGCAGGAACCGGGAGGGAUUGGAGACCCCGAGCGCUGUCCCGGACAGUGACGGCAGUGCCAGGAGCAGUGCACAGGAGGAGAGUGGUGGUGGCCCUCCGGACGGUGCUGCGGUUAAAGCUGACAUUGAAAGGGCCAAUGUACUUGAGGUCAAGGAAACAGCAGAGUUGACAGUUGAUGUGCAACCAUCUCCAGUUAAACAAAAGUCUGUAACUUCGGAACCUAAAGUAAUUUCAGAUACAAUGGUCAGCGACCAGAGAGAGAUGGACCUUGCUCCUGCACUGUCAAAUAAGCAAGACUGGCCUGCUGUUGAACAGAUAAGUAACAAGAUACAAACUGAGAUGGUAACUCCUCCAACCAGUGGUGGAGAAAGUCCUGUCCAUAAUACACACGUCACUGAGUAUAAUUUAGGACAGGAAAAGAGGCAUGUUUGCGAAAAAAUAAAACCAAUGGAAGAAGCGCUUAACAAAUCUGACCAUGAAGAUGAAGCUUUGGAUCUAGUUUCAACAGUUGAUCAGAAAUUUGUUAGUACAGAUAAUCAUAUUAUUCAGACGAAUAAAGUCAGCAGUGAAAGUAAUGCUGAUGUGCUUAUUGAAACUGAAAUAGAAAAAGAUAAAAGAAAAAGCUUCAAGUUGGUCUUUAAAGAUGAAUCAGAAAGAACAGCUGCAAGCCCAGAGUCUGAAAAUAUGACCAAGAAAGUUGCUGCUGUAUCUCCUCUGCCCCUCAACAAUGUCUCCGUGAGUUUUAAUGUUCAUUAUAUGACUUGCUUAGAUUCUCAGAUCCUUGCAGUGACAGGAAACCACGAAUGUCUGGGACAGUGGGAGAAUUAUGUACCAUUGAAACCAAAUAAGGAUGGAUUCUGGUCUAAUUCUGUUCUGCUCCCAGUUAAUUCCAGGUUUGAGUGGAAAUAUGUAGUGGUGGAAAAUGGAAAGAUCUGGCGAUGGGAGGAAUGCCUGAAUAGAUGCCUGGAGACUUUCCAUGAAGAUAUGGAAAUGUAUCAAUGUUGGGGUUACCACUAAAUCACAAGUGGCAAUUGGAGCACAUUACUUAAAAUGUAAAGCACUAGUACUGUGGGAUGGAGUUGAAGUUGAGCCUGGAGUUCAUUAAUAGUUUCCCUUUUACAAAUGAGGAACUACUAUCAUUAUUCAACUUGCCCCUUCUCACUGGCAUAACUGGUUUAACAUGUCUGCUGUUCCUUCCCCCCUUUAUUUCUGCACUUCAAUUUUCAGAUUGAUGGGCUGCAGCAUUUUCACUGCAAGAGGUUGGUUGUGACUGCCUUGUCUCCAGUAACUAUUUGUUGCUUUAUGCAAUGAUGAGAAGUUUGUUGUAAUUCACCUAAGCUAAUAAGCAUAGAAUAUUGACAGUUGAUUAUUAAUCUGCAUAAGACCUGAACAAUAACCCUUCUAAUUUUUAAAUCUGUAUUGUGGGAAAUGCUUUCAAUUAAAAUAUGAAUUUCAAUAAAUGUUCUUUGGUUGAAGUGGUAUUGAAUAUUUAACUUCUGUCUGGUCAUAAAAUGCUUUGGCAUGUAAUAAAAUAGGGUCCUAAUUGAAUGCAAUUCAAAUGUAUUGUCACAAUUAAAUAGAAAUGAACACAAGUAGAGCAGUAGCCUUGUAGAUUUUUUUUUGAAAAGCAAGUAUUUGAAAGUUGGCUUUCUUGUAUCUCCUGCCUGAAGCAAUGCUUUAUUAAAGUCUAGAUUUAACAGCAGUUAUUAAAAGACAUUCAUGUUGUGAAUACCAAUUUAGGUCAUUUAAACAUUUUAAUGUUACUAUAAUACAAGAUCUUUACCAAAACUGAGAUCUAAUAUAUUGUAUAAAAGUUGUUUAUAAAUCUCUGAUCUGUUGGUGCUAAAUACAACUUCCCUGCAAUCUACUGAAGCUCCAUAGAAUUGGUUGAGUUUGGAAUUGACAAGUCCACUUAAUUAGAGCAGAUUUGAUUUUACAUGGCAGCUAAGAGGAUCUAAAUUCUUCUUACAAACUUCAAUUGGAAGUUAACAUUUCCUAAAUUGUGUACAAAACAAUCAGCAACAACUUUGGGUUGUAAAAAAAAAAAAAAAAAAUUCCUUCAGGUAGCCUAAAUUUCAAAGUAAAGCAUUAACCAAUAGUUUGAAUGUUCCCUCUUUGAAAAGGAGUAAAUUUAUUUCAUGGAUACCAGCAACUUGUUAAACUUUAAUCUUAUCAGAAGGCUUGCACUUUGGUUAGUGCUACUCAUUACUGUGGUUAAUGUCUGUCCAGCUGCAGAAUUUGGAAGAUUGCAGUACUUGAAGUUGCAUUAAUAGUCAUUACAAAAUUAGCAAUCUGAAGUUAGUACAUGCCUUGCUUCCAAUUUUCAUGUUGUAGACCAGCACAUUAACAAUGUUGUUAAUGCACUAUUUAUUCCUAAUUUAAGUUCAAGCUCUGUAAUUAGAGGUUGUCAUUAACCAGCUGCCACCACCCAUGCCCCCCCCCCCAACAAAAAAAGCAUUGGUGUAAUUUAAGCCUUAUACCACUGACUGCAGUAGGCUGAGUCUGAGCAUAUGAGUUCAGUGUAUGAAUUUCUGGUAGGUGUUUAAAAACAUUGUUUUGUACAUCCACUAAAUAGCAUGCUGAAGAUUAUAGCAUCCUUUCAGCCUCUCCUCACCAAAAUACAUAAAUCUGCAUUCAGCUUUCCAAUUACUUGUAUAUGCCAGAACAGUUUGCUCUCACUGCUGCUUUCCCAAAUAUGGCACUUUAUGUAUUUCAUUCCAACUGACUCAAUAACAAUUGUGGCUAGAAACUUAUUUUACUCCCUUUAUUUUAAAGUUCUGUAUGUUUUAUCCUCCAUGUACUGUCUCCACCUUCUGAUACCACCUGAACAUUAAAGCAGAAUGA